GUACCAUGGAAGAGACGUUGAUAAAUUCAACAACAUCAAGUUCAUUGCUUGAUUUACCAUCAUGGAAUUAUCCUGAUCUUGAUUUAAAAAUGGAUAGAAAUUUUAUAUUAUUAAUGUGUUCAUUGAUAACAGCAAUAUCAUGGGUGACAUAUACAGCUUUUUACAGUAGUCGAGUAACUGGUUAUAUCAUAACAAAGCUACUAAAUAAAUUCAUUAUCAGAGGAUAUUACAGAAAUGGAUAUAUAAAAGUUGGUUCAUUUACUUUGUGUGCACUAAGUGGAAAAAUAAUGUUUCGUGAUAUUGUAUUUAUAAAUGCUGAUUUAAGUGUACGUAUACAGGAUGGUUGGUUGAUAUUUCGUUGGUGGCGUAGUUAUGUACCAAAAGAUGUAUCUGAAGAUUUAUCACAUUCAGAUACACGUUUAUCUGUUAUGUUAAAUGGUUUUGAAGUACAUGGAUAUAAUCGUUGUGAUCUUUAUGCAACAUUAGAACGUACAUUUGGUUUAUCACCACAAAUAUUUCCCGAUGAAGAUAGUAAUAAUUUAAAUACAGAUUCAAAAGAUUCAGAAUCAAUUGGUAAUAAUAUAAAUAGUAAUGAUAAUAAUAAUCGUCAUCAACAAAUAAAUGCAAUUGAUGUAUCACGUCAUGUUGAAAAUAUACGUAAACAAGAGGCACAUGUUAUUGCAAGAACAUGGAGAGAUUUAAUACCAGUUAUUAAAUUAGAUGUAUGUUCUGGUAGAUUAGUAUUUGGUAAUCGUUUAGUACCAACAACAUUAUCAAUAACAACUGAAGAAGCACAUUUUGUAUAUUCAACAAAACCAGCAGCAUCAAAACAUGAUCAUUUUAUGCAUUUUACAAAAUGUAAAGCUGAAAAUUUUAAAGUUAUAUUAGCACCAAGUCCAAAAUAUACUGGUAUGAUUGAUGAUCCACCAAGAUAUAUGGGUGAAGGUUUUGUUGUAUUAAGUUCAAAUAAUAUGGAAUUAUAUUAUUAUUCAGAUGAACCAGGUGUUGUACCACAACAUCCUGAAAUGAUUAGACUUGCUAAUGGUGAUAUGGUUGAAGCAAUGCCACCAAUAUGGGGUAUUGAUAUUAAAUGUGGUAAAGGUACUGAUUUUUCAUAUGGUCCAUGGGCUGAUAGACAAAGAGAACAUUUAUUUAAAUUUUUUUUUCCAAAUGAUUAUCAACCAAUGAAAAUAACAAAACAACCAAUACCUGGUGAUAAAAGACAAGUACAAUCAUUUGAUAUUAGAUUAUCAACAUUAAAUGAAGCAACAAUUGAUAUAUUAUUUAGUAAAAAUCGUGAAACAAAUGCUGUACAUGUUAAUAUUGGUCCUGGUUCAUAUUUAGAAGCAACAAUGCCAUGGAUUGUAUUACAAGAUGGUUUUACAACAAAAAUAACUGGUCAAUUGUUACAUUUAGAAGCAACAACUAGUUUACAAUAUCGUAGUUUAGUUGAAAGUGAAACAUUAGAAUUUGGUAUUAAAUGUCAUUAUCCAAUAAGAUGGAAUGAUCAUCAAGAAUGGACAUUAAAUUUAACUGGUUGUAAAGCAACUGGUUAUUUUGUUUAUAGUCAUAAAGAUUUUUUUCAAGAUAUGAUUAAUGAUUGGGCAUCAAAAGCAAGACCAGAUAUAUUAAAUUUUGUUCCAUAUACAUGGAAAUUUGGUUUAUUGUUAAAAGAAUUUGAAUUAAUAACAAUAUGUAAUGAAUAUAAUUGGAUUGAUUGUUCAUCACAAAAUCAAGAAAAUAGUCAUAUUGCAUUUUGUGGUGAUUUUUUUGAUUUAUCAUUUGAUUUACCAUUUACUGAUUUUUUACCAUUAACAGUACCACUACGUUUUUGGAUACAAGGUGAAAGUGUUGAUUUAUCAUUAUAUUUACCAGAAGUUAAUACAAAUCGUAUAAUACUACUUGCACUUGAUAAAAAUUCAAAAAUAUUAACAAGAGAUGGUACAUGUAAAAAUUUAAUUGACAUAACAAAUCAAAAAAAAUGGCGUAGAAUAUGUCAAAAAAAUAGUGGAUGGAUUGAUUGUUGGUCAAUUCCAAUUGGUGCAUUAAGUAUCAAUUGGAUAUAUCAUCCAUGUCCACCACUUGGUCCAGCACCACAAGCAAAUAUAACAACACCAGAAAAAGAAGAAAUAUUAUUAUCACCAAUGAGAAUACCACGUUGUCGUAAAUCACCAGGUAUUGGAUGGAAUCAAAAUGGUGGACAAAAAUUUGAUCCACAAUCAAUAACACCAGAUAAAGUAUCACUUGAACUUGAAAUUGGUCCAUCAAUUCUCAUACUUUAUGGUUCAUUAAUUAAUAAUUUUUUACAUUUAAAAGAAAAUGUAUUUGGUGAUUAUCAAAGUUUUACUGAUAUGCAACAAAGUAGAAAUAUGGAAAAAAAUAAUAAAGAACAUAAUAAUAUUAUUAUAAAUAAAGAUGAUAAUAUUAUUAUUGAUAAUGAUGAUAAUAAUAAAAUGAAAAAUUUUGAUCCAAGAUAUUAUCGUCCAAUUGAAGUUACUGUUGGUAUAACAAUGCAUGAUAUACAAGCACAUUUAAUUAAAAAUUGUAAUGAAAAUGAUCCACCAUGUCCAGUUAUUUUACUUGAAAGAUUUGGCUUUGAAAUGAAAAAAGGUUAUAAAGAAACACAAUUACAAUUAUUACUAUCACCAUCAAUUCUACUACUAGCUGAUAAUGUUACAAGAAAUAAUCGUGAACGUCAUCUUGGACAAGGACAUUUAAUGUUAAGUGCAUUACAAGUACGUGGUCAUGCAAUGUUUUCAGAUGAAGGUCGUAAUUUAGAUCAAGAAACAUUAGAAUAUUCAUGGAUGAUUGAAGUACAAUUAGGUAAAUUAAGUGGUAAAAUAACAUCACCACAAUUACAUCAUUUAAUAACAUCAUUAGAAACAUUUUUAUUAAUGGCUAUGAAUAAAGAAAAUACAUUAAGACCACCAGGUUCACCACAACAUUGUCAUCAUGGUUUACCACCAUUACAAUGUCCUGAUUCAAAUUUAGAUAAUCAUUAUCGUUGUCCAAGUUCAGAAGAUAUUAAAUAUAGAAUGACUAGAGUUGCUGUUGAUUCAAUUGAUCUUUAUUUACAAGAAUCUGGUACAGCAACACAAUUAUGGAUAUCACCAAUAAGAAUAUCAACAUGUAAUCUUCAUGGACAACAAGUUAAAUCUGGUGUUACUGGUGUAUUACCAGCAAUAUUAUUACGUCAAUUUGUAUCAGCUGCUGGACAUUAUACAAAUGCAUCAAAUACAAAUACAACUGGUAGUACAAAAUCACAUUCACAAGCUAAUACAAGUAAUAAUAAUAAAAUAUUAAAUGAUGGUUCUUCUGAUAUUUGGCUUGAAGUUGGAUCUGUAUCAUUGGGACCAGUUAUUAUUGAAGCAGCAAUAUCAUUACCAACACCAGAACAUAAUUUACAUUUAAUACAAAGUAAAUUUUUAAAAAUGCAUGAUGAAUCAACUAAAAAAUUAUGGUUUUUAUGGCCACAAGAUAAUUUUACAAAAACUAAUAAUAAAUGUGGUUGUAUUGGUGGUUGUGCAUUUUUUGGUAAUAAUAAAAAUGGUCCAAGAUUUUUCAAGCCAAGUUAUCAUGAUUUACAAGAUUGUAUUAAUAUUGCUGCAUAUAGAAUAUAUGAAAAUGGAAAAGAUAAAGGUUUUGGACAAUCAAUAUUACAUGAAGGACAACUUGUAUUUCAUACACCACCAUAUAGUUUACAAGAUGUUACAUUACAAGAUUUACCAACAGCAGGAGCAGGAGCAACAACAACAGCAACAGCAACAGCAACAAAUUGUAAUACAUUGAACUCGACAAAUAGUAAAUCAUCUAAAAAUUCAGUUGAACGUUCAAGAUCAGUUAUUGAUUCACGUGAUGAUGAAACAAUAAAUACAAAAUUAAAUAUAACAUCUGAAAGUCCAAUAAUUAAUGAACGUAAAUCAUUAUGUCGUCGUUUUUCAUAUACAUCUGGUCGUCAAACAAAUUUAAUAAAAGAUGUACCAUAUUCACGUCUUGUUGAUUCAUCACCAAUAACACAAUUACCACAAAAACUUGAUUCAGAUUCAAAAUUAAAUACUGAAAAAAGUAAAUUAAUAUUAUGUGUACCAGAAAAUGAUAAUGGACCAAAAAGUUCAGCAUCUGAUUCAAAGCUAGCUGUUGAUUAUUUUAAUAAUACAUCAGAUAUUGAAUUAUUACAACAAAGUGGUAGUCCACAAUCAUUACCAACAGUAACAUCUGAUUCACGUAAUUCAUUAUUUAUAAAAUCAGAUUCAGAAGAAAAAUUACGUCAAGAAGUACAAAGAACAGUAUCAAUGAGUUCAGAAAAUCAUUCAGAAGCAUUUUAUUCAGCAGAUGAAGAUACAAGUGGUGGUCAUGUUGGUGUUAUUGGAGGUAUUGGUGGUAAUACAAGUAGAACAUCAAGUUUACGUCAAUCAAUUAUUUCAGCUGGUUCAACAAAUCCAAAAAAUGAACCAAUGAAAAAAAAAUUUUCAUCAGAUUUAUCAAUUGUUGAUAGUAGUGGUAAUUUUAGUAUUGUUAUUGGUGAAAAAGCACAUACACUUGAACGUACUAAACCACAAAUUGGUAUACGUAAUGGAAGAAUAAUACAUGAUAAUAAUAAUAUAACAUUAAAACCUCAUGAUGUUAUAUUAAAUCAAAAAUUAAAUGCUAAAAAUAAAGAUAAUAAUAUUAUAAUAAAUGAUAUUAAUAAUGGUUUAUUAAAUGAUUCAUCAGAUAGUCAUUCAUUAUCAUCAACAAGUUUUAUAUCAGCAGUAUCAUCACAAGAAGAUAUGACACUUGUUAAUCUUCAUAUGCAAAUUAAUAAACCAAUUAUUGAAUCACCAUUAUUAAUGAGUAGUUAUGUUAGUCAUUUAACACAAGUUAAAUGUACAAAUUGGUCAUCAUCAUCAUUACAAACUGGUAAUAAUGCAUUUACAACACCAUUAUUUAAAAAAUGUGAUAAUGGAAGAUUAGUUUAUAUUGGUGGUAGAUAUAUACCAAAAUUUGAAACAUUAAAUGAAGGUUUUACAUCAUUAAAAAUGAUGACAAGACAAGAUACUUCACCAAUGACAGCAGCAGCAGAAUCAACACCAGGAGCAACAACAUCAUCAGGUGUAAAUAAAACACCAACACAUCCAUAUUUAUGGGAUAAUUCAACAUUAAUACAAUCAGAAAAUGAAGAUGAUAAUAAUGGAACAAAUAUUGAAGAUGAAUUUUUAACAACACAAAAUGAAACUGGUUCACGUACAACUGUUAUUGUUAAAUUAAAAGGUGAUUUAGAUAUUAUGAUUAGUCCAUUAAUGUUAGAAAGUUUACAAAGAUUUAUUGAUGUUAUAACACCAACAUUAGCUAAUCUUCAUCCAUUAACAAUAUUAAAUCAUUUACAUAGUGAAUGUAUUGGUAGAGUUGAAGAUGCAAAUAUAUUAAAACAAGAUCAAAGUUUAUCAUAUUGGAGUCAAGUACAAACAAGCUCAAAACGUUCAACUGCUGAAAGAAAUAUUAAAAGUAGUCAAGGUAAUAAAAUAGCAUUACAAACAAAUGUUUAUGAAGAAAGUAUAACAACACAAAUACAAGGAAGUAUUAUAUUACCAAAAAUAAAUAUAACAUUAUUACAAGCAUCUGUUGUUGAAGAAAUAAUAUCAUUUUCAGCACUUGAUAAUAUACGUGAUUUAACAUGUGUAUCAUUAUUUGCAAUAUGUUUUAAUGAUGUUACAGCACGUUUUUAUCUUGGUAAACAAGCACGUGAAGUUGUACAAACAUUUCAUAAACCAGCAGUAUUACAAAAUCAAAAAAAAGUUAAUAAAAUAAGUAAAGCAUUUUUACCAGGUAUAUCAUCAUCAGCAGCUGUUGUUGCUGAUAUAUCUGGUGGUGAAACUGUAUAUAUUGAAACAUCAGAAAAACAACAAGAAGAAACAAUUGUUACACUUAAUAUUGGUAAAAUACAUUCACAAUUACGUAGACUUAAAAAUGAAUCAACAAUAUUAAAUGAUGCUGUUAUAACAGCUAUACCAUCACACUAUUCACGUGUACUAUUUACAUGUACACGUAUAACAUCACCAUUAAAAUAUAAUAAUGAUUAUUAUUAUCAUCAUCAUGAUAAUGCUAAUAAAGAUACAAUCCCAACAAAAACAACUGAUGAAGAAUUUACAAUUGGUAAUAAUAAUGAAGAUAAGCUAGGUUUUAUUAUGUUUGAAUGUGGUUGGGAAGGUAUUAAAUUAAAAAUUGUUAAAAGAUCACAAUUUGAAAAAGGUGAUAAUGGUAAUGAUGAUAGUAAUAAAAAAAUUGACAAUGAAAUAUUUUCUACUGAUUCAGUUAAAAGUCGUGAUGAUCUUGAAAAUAUUAAUGAUAAUAAUAAUAAAAAUUUUGUUGGUGAUAAUGAUACAAAUAGUUCUAGUAAUAAUAAUCAACAACAACAACAACAACAUCAACAACAACAACAACCAUCAACAUCUGAUAAAAAAGAUGGAAAUAUUGGAGGAAAUUUAAUAACAAAAAUACCAAAUGGUAAUACUGUAUCAUGUGUUAUUGAAUUAAAAACAGUAUGGUUUAAUUUCGCAGCACCACCAAGAACUCCAAUAACACGUAAAAUUGAUUAUACAAGACUUGAUUGGAAUUUAUUAAGUACAGCAUCACCAGCAAUAAAUGCAUGGAUGAAUCCAAGUAAUCGUUUUGCAAUUAGAAUUGUACAUAUGUUUAGAAGUAUGUAUAGAAGAUCAACUGGUAUUGUUGCAUGUUUAAUGGCUGAGGCACUUGAUGUACAAGGUAUUCAUAUGCCAAUUAAAAGUCGUUAUGGUAGAUUAACACCAUUAGCUAAAACAUUACUCGAAGAUCCAUCAUGUCAACUUUGUACUAUUUUACAAAAUUAUGUAUUGUUAACUGAUCUUGCAACAAUUGGUGCUAAUUUACGUGAAAAUGAAUUACCAUUGUUAUCAACAUUAAGACAGGGAGUUAUUGUAUUAAGUCGACAAUGGAAAAAUGUACUCUAUACACCUCUUCUUCUUGAACACAAUUACAAAACAAAAUAUGUUAAACCACUUAAUGUUACAUUUGCUGUUUCUGAUCCUGAAGACGAAAAUUUGCUGACUGAUGGAGAAUGUAGUGGAGGUGAUGUUGAUGAUCCAGAAGUCACUGAUGAAUGUGCAAUGCUUAUCCACACCGAUCACAUUUAUAAACAUGCUCAAGUGAAGACUGUCUCGGAAAAAACAACAGGUAUUUGUGGUGAUGGUCUUACGGUACCAGUGAGUUCACCACGUGGACAUGAAAUAACAACAAUGACAAUACCAUGUCCACCAGACUCAUUAAUAUCACCCUCACCACCAAUUGCACAUUCAACUAAAAAAGGAAAAUCACUACAACCAACACAGAUACCAGUUAGUUCACGAGCAAGUAUUGUUUUUCCCCUACUUGCUAAUGGUGGACUUUUUAAUCCACCAAGAGAACCAAAUAACAUUAGCUAUGGAACAUUGAAAGAGGAUAAAGCACCACAAAUACAAGUUACAAAUACCCAUCAACUUGAAUCAAAUCCAAGUAUUUAUUCAGGAGUUGGAGGAGGACAAGGUAGUCAACACAGUGUUGGUAGCAUGGAUCAUGUUACAUCACCAACUGCACAUCAGUCAUCAAGACCAACUGGUACUGGUGAAGAUUUAUACAGUUGGAUGGCUAAACAACAAGAAUUUGUCAAAGAUAAUAAUAAAAGCAAUUUAAAAGGAAAUUGGGUCUUUCGUAGUGAACAAAAAGCAACAAAGGAUUCAAAAAUCAACACAAUGACAACCGAAGAUACUGAAGAUUCUGAUAUUCAAAGUGGUGGUGGUUUUCUUUACCCAAUGAAAGAUUCAUUACGUUUGCUUGAUGCACAUUUAAUAUUUGAGCCAUUAUUAUCAUCUUUGUCUGUGAUGCCACAACAAAUGUUAUCUGCAAUUGGCUCGGGUAAUUUAAAUAAUGUAUCAUCUUUAGAUUCACUUGGUUCAAAUCUUUCACUUGUUGGUACAAUGGAUACAAUGAGAAUUGACAUUGUCGUAUCUGAAUUUGGCAAACCACCAGAUAAAAAAAAAUCAUCAACAAAAUAUAAUGGACAAUCACGUAAAAAUUCAAAAUUUCAUUUAGAUAUACCACCAGAUACACCAGCAUUUUUGUGUGAAAAAAUUGGUAUUGAUAUUGAUAUUAAAAAAAUGGCUGAUAUGACUGUUGAUGAUAUGAUACAAAGACAAAAUGUAUUAUAUAUAUCACGUGGACAGUUGAAAAAACAUACAAGUACUGUUGUUAAUUUUUCAUUAAAUAUACGUUAUAUAUCACAACAAGUUAAUAUGCCAUUGUUGCGAUUACUUCAUCAAAUAUCAAAUAUGUAUCAAAAUGUAAAAGAAACACAAAAUGAUUUAAAAGAACAACAACCAGAAACAAAAAGAUUAAAUAAUUUAACAGCAAAUGAUUCAAAUUUAAAAAAUGGCUCAUCAUCAGUAUCUGAUUUACAAGAAACAUUAAUACUUGGUGGUAAAAAGCUAGAAGAACCAUUAUUAAGAACAAAUAAUGAUCAAAAUUCAUCAAAACCAAAUUCAAGACCACAAAGUUUUGCUCAAAAAUUACGUAGUACUGGUAAAUCAGUAAAAGGUUAUAUGAAUUUAUCAGAAGGUAUAACAACACCAAGUUUUGGUGCAAGUACAAGUACAGAUAAAUUUUCAAUAUUAUCAGAAAAAACUAAAGAUAAUUUUAAUUCAACACCACGUUGUUGGAAAACAAUAUAUUAUCUUCUUGAUUUAUAUGCAACACGUCCAGAAACUAAAACAAUAACACAUAGAUUUUCAAUACCAGCUGAAACAUCUGAACAUUAUAAAAAUAAUCAUAAAAAAUAUGAACAUUUAAAUGAAUCAAAUGACAUUGAAAAAGGUUUAAAUAUAUCAAAUAAUGAACAAAAUAAUAAUUCAACACCAAUACCACCACCACCACCAUCAUCAUCAUCAUCACAGCAACAACAACAACAUCCUCAUCAACAUUCUCAUCAACAACAUCAUCAACAACAACCAAGAGAAAUGAGUUUUAUAUCUGGUGAACGUACAAAAUUAAUAAUAUUUGGUGUUGCUAAAAUUCAUCGUACACGUUUAUUAGCAACAUUAAGUGGUUUAAAACUUGAAGCUGAAAUAACAAGUUUACAUUCAAGUUUAACAUGUAGAAAAAAAUCAAAACCAGCAAGUUUUGAAUGUAGUUUAACUGGACAAAUUGGACGUACAAUGAUUGUUCUACUUGAAGGUGUUGCACCAAGUCAACAAACAGUUGUUAAAAUAACUGUUGGUAAAUCACAAGCACUUUAUUCAAGUGUAUCAAGACGACAAAAAGAUAAAAAUAGUGGUUUAUUAACAAUUGGUGCUGUUAAUAUUGAUAUACCACAACAUCCAGUUGCAUUACAUGGUAUGAUGACACGUGGUAGUAAACAAUUAUCAUCAACAUUACAAGAAUUACGUGUUACAAGAACAUCAAGUAGAUUAUCAAGAGGUUUACAACAAGAUGAUAAUGAUUGUUGUAUUAUAAUACCACCUAGUAGUCCACAUAAUUAUCAAACAUAUCAACAAACUGAAAAUAUAAAUAUUAAUAAUACAAAUAAUAUUAAUAUUAAUAAUAAUAUAAAUAAUGUAAAUAAUAAAGCAGAAAAAGAAGAAAAAAGUUUACUUGAACCAAUUGUCAUGCAAUUUCAUGUUAUAUUACAAAGUUUAAGUAUAACUGCUGCAUUAUUACCAUCAUUACAAGCACAAUAUAAAAUGGAUCAAGUUAAUAGUUCAGGUAUAACUGGUAGUAAAGCAAAAUUUACAAUUGAUUUACCACAUCAUAGUUUAAGUUUUACAACAAAAUUACAUGUUACUGAAGCAAAUUUACCAUCUGAAGCAAGUAUUGAAUUACCAAAAGUACAUGUAUCUGCUGAAUAUAUACAAGAUGGUACAAAUACAUUAAAUGAAAAUAAAAUUGCUGAUGGUGUUGUAUUACGUCAAGGUAAUUAUUUAUCAGCAACAGCUGAUAUUGGUAUAUUUGAACAUUCAUUAACAACUGAUUUAUUAAAUCAUCUUGUAUUUGUACAAAAAGUAUUUAUGAAAGAAGUCAAUGAAGUUGUACAAAAAGUAUAUGGUGGUGAAAAACCAGUACCAAUAUGGCUUGAAGAUGAUGAUACAACAACAAAUAAUACAAAUAAUACAAAUACAACAAAUACAAAUACAUCAAUAACAACAACAACAAAUACAAAUUUAAAACAUAUAUUAUUUUCAUUAAUAAUACGUAUUAAACGUAUACAAUUAACAGCAACAACACCAACAAAUUCAGCAGUUAGAUUAGAAACUGGUGCUGUUGAAUUACAAUUAUCAAAUCGUGUACAAAAUGUACUUGGUGCAUUACAACAAAAUACAUUUACAAAAUUAUUUGGUAAAGCACAAGUUGAUAUUAAUUUAUCACUUGGACAAUUAUUAAAAAAUGUUAUGUUUGAAGAAGCUGAACCAGAAUUUCAACAAUUUGCAUUUUUUAAUACACGUAUUGCAUUAAGAAAUGCAAUACAAGAAGAAAUGGCACAAGAUGCUGAUAAAGAAGUUAUAUUAAUAACACUUAAAAGACCAUUAAUAUAUAUACAACCAAUGGCUGUUGAUAAAGCAAUACUUGUAUGGUUAAAUUAUAAAAAUGCAUAUGAAUAUUGGAAUGAAAAAAGAGCUAAUUUAAAUAAAGAAGUAUUAACAGCAACACAACAAGUAUUUGAAAAAGUACCAUUUGGACAAUUAACAUCACAAUUAAGUUCACCAAAUUUAGGUACAUUAUUUUUACAAUUAACUGUUGAUGAUAUGGGUAUAUGUAUACCACUUAAUUCUUUACCACCAAAUAAUCGUGGUAUGACUAGAGGUUUAUAUGACGGUGAAAGUCGUGGUGCUGUUGUUGUUACACUAGAAAAUACAAGUAUAUCAGCUUGUAGUAGUGGUAGCUUAGUUAGUAAAGCAAGAUUUGUUGGUUUAUGUUUGAGAUUUGCUGAAGAUUUUGAAACAUCAUUGGAUGAUUGGAAACCAGAUAUGAAUGAUAAUAAUAAUAUGAAUCUUUGUGUUGUAUCUGAGGGUACAUAUGAAAUAUGCAGUAGAACGGUUGCACAAAAAUCUGAUAAAUCUGAUAAUGCUAAAUGGCUAUUGAAUGUCAAAUGGCAAAUGGAAGGUGUUGAUAUUCAUCUUGAUGUUAGUGUUGGACAACAAUUAUCUGCACUUGGUCAUACAUUGACAAUGCUUACUGGUUUUGAGGAAGAUGAUGCUGGUGUAUCUGCUGAUUAUGACAGUGAUGAAGAUCAGCCGGAUAAUGGCACAAGCCAGGUUAAGAAAAAAGAAAGUAUUAUAAAUAAAAAAUCAAAAAAUUGGACUGAAAAUUUACCAGCAUUUUUUUUCGAUCCAUCAAUAAAUGCAAAACAACGUUUAAAAUUAAUUGAAAAAGAAAUGAAUAAACAAGCACAAACAAUAAAUGAUUUACGUUCACUUGGUGCAUCACAUGGUACAAUUGAACAAGAAAUAAAACGUUUAAAAGAACUUGAAACAAUAGUAUUUAAUGAUUUUCGUCGUGAUAUGAUAAAAAAAUUACGUCGUCAAUCAAAUAAAACAUCAUCAAUAAAAAGUAAACAUGGUUUAAAUACAAAAACAUCAACAUAUCGUUCACGUUCAUUUAUUGUACCAUCACCAACACCAGAACAUCAAUUACAAAGUCCAAAUGAUGAACAAAAUGCUGAUAUUAAUUCUGGUAAUUCAGCAAGUUAUGAAAGUAGUCCAAAAAGUGGACCAAGUAGAUCAGCAUCAUUACGUGCUAAAAAUUUAAUUGGUACACGUGUUACAUUUGGUGAUACACAAACAAUUGGACGUCAAAAUUCAUUACCAUCAGCAUCAUCUGAUUUAUCAUUACCAGAGGGUGAUUUAGAAUGGCCAGAAACAAUUGACAUUGAUGGUGAACAAAUUGAAUUAAGAAAAAAACAUCAUAAUACAAGCACAAAUAUAAAUAAUAAAGAUUGUGGCAGUUAUGGUUCAAGUUAUGAUAGUAUGGAUGGUAGUACACCACUUCUUGAUACAACAUUUAAUUGUCUUGAUCAACCAUCAUCAACAUCAUCACCACAUCAUAUAUCAUCAUCAUCAUCAUCACAAAAAUCACAAGAACCAAAUAUUGAUUUUGAGCUUGAUAUUAAAGUUCUUAUAAAUAGUGGUAAAUGUGUAUUACAUACAAAAGAUCCAACAAGAGAAGAUGAAUUAAAGUUAUUAACAAGAAUGAAAAAAGAACGUUCAUGUUCUGGUGGUAAUUUUGAUUUUCAACCAUCAUCACCAAGUAGUAGUAGAAAACAUUAUAGUAACAAAGAUAAAUCAUCAUCAGCAAGUGCAACACGUUUAAAAUAUUUUCAAACGUCAUCAGUACCACUUGUUGAUUUAACAAUAUUUCAUAUACCCGGUAUGGAUGUUAAAUUACAUUAUGAAUCAAAAACAUUACCAGAAGAAUCAUCAUUACCAUUAUUACCAAGUGAAAUUAAUUCACAUGAUAAUAAUUCAUUUAUAAAUUAUUCAACAAUAACAAGAAAAUCAAGUAAUAAAAAAGCAAGUUUAUUUGCAUGGAUGACAUUACAAAGUAUACCUGAAGAAACAAUAAUAAGUCCUCAUAUAUUAGAUUUUUUGGAACAAACAUUAGAGCCAUUACCAAAUAAUUUUUUAAAUUCAAAUAAUCCAUCAUCAUAUGAUACAAAUGAUGAACAUAAUAAUGAUAGUUGGACAACAAUUAAUGGUGGUAAUUAUGUUUAUGCUAGUUUUCCAGUUGAUGUUAUUGUUUAUUUUCAUAUGCAACCAUCAACAUUUAGAUUUUCAUGUUUACCAGUAUCACGAGUUGAAUGUAUGCUACAAUUACCAUCAUUAGAUAUUGUAUUUUCAUCAAAAAGAGCUGAUGAAGAAUUAAAAGAAUUUAAUAAUUAUCAUGGACAACAACAAGAACAUCAACAACAACAACAACAUUAUUAUUAUUAUAAUAUUAAUAAUAAAGAUAAUAAUAAUUCAGCAAUUGGUGGUUUAUCAGUAACUGGAUGUCUUGCUGAUUUUUCAGUAUAUAUAUUUCAUCCAUAUGGUGGUGGUAAAAAAACUGGUAUUAAAGAAACUCAAUGGUCACCAUUAUCAGAUUCUGAAAGAAAAGAUUCACUAUCAAUUAAUGUUGAAUUUGUUAAAUUUCAUUUAUCAAGAAGUAGAAAAUUAAAUUUUCAAUUUGAUAAUAAUUCAACAACAAUAACAGAAACAGCAACAUCAACACCAUCAGAUACAAGUCGUGCUGUUAUUAGAUUUUCAACAAUAAUUGAUGUUGGAUCAGCAUCAUUUAAAUAUGACAUGAGAAGAUUAACUGAAAUAUUAGCAUUUCCAAAAGCAUGGUAUAGACGUAGUAUUGUUAGAAGAUUAUUUUUAGGUGAUUUAAGUACUGGAAUAAAUUAUUCUGAUAAUGAUAAUAUAUUAUUAUUAAAUAAAGAAGAAGCUGUUAUUGGAUCAUCGCUAUUAAAACAUUCAGAUAGACAUCAUCAAAAUGAUUAUUUGUCAAAAUCAGUACCAGAAAAAAGUCCAAUAUUAACAAGAGAUAAAUUACGUUUAAGUUUUGAUUCUGAAUUACAAAAAAAAGAUAUUGGCAAGCUAAAAGACAUUGGUAAAAUAUGGAGUUUUUCAUCAGAUAAAUUAUUAGAAGAUAAUAAUAAUAAUAGUAAUAAUGAACAAAUAAAAUUACGUGAAUCAGCAUGGAAAACAUUGGUAUUAUUUGCUGUUAAUUUUACAAGAUUAAAUGUACAUAUGAAUAUGGGUAAUGUUAUGGGUAAUGUUGCAUGGAUGACUAAAGAUUUUAGAUCAGAUGGUAGAUUAUCAAUUGGUAGUAAUGGACAUAAAAAUUUAUAUGUUGGUGUUGGUCUUGGUGGUUCAAGUUUAGAUGCUAAAGGUGGUUUUGUUGGUGGUACUAUUGAACUAUCAAAAAUUGAUACAUAUAUACAUAUUAGAGAAGAACCUGGUAUUGAACCAGAUCAUACAUUUGGAUUAAAAUUAUUUGCACUUGAAUUACGUUUAGAUUAUAUGGGUACAUCUGUAUUAAUGACACGUGUUUCUGAGCUUGAUGUUACAUUACGUGAUGAAUGGAAAAUUAAUCGUAAUACAAAUAGUGAUGCAUUUAUGCCAACAAGAAGACCAGCUGUUAUAUUUAUGCAUGGUGAUCUUGGUUGGGAUCAAUUACAAAUUAUGAUUAGUAAAUCAACAACAACUGAUUUAUUAAAAAUGUAUUAUAAACUUGAUGAAUUUUUUUCACAACAAUUUAAAAGUUCAAAAAGAGUAUUUAGUUCAUUACAACCAAGACAACGUACUGCUAAUAAUAGUAUAAUUAAUAACAAUAGUUUUAAACGUAAAAUUGGUAAAAAACGUACAAGUGGUGGUGCUUCUUCUUCUUCUUCUUCUGGUACUACUUCUACUACUACUACCACUAUCACUACUACUGGUACUACUACUGUUACUGAUACAACAACAGCAACAACAUCAUCAACUGCUUCUAAUAAUACUACUACCAACACGACAAAUAAUAUUAAUGAAAAUAUCAACAACUGGACAACAGCUAAUCAAACAGCAAUAUCUGAUGCAAAACAUCAUCGUCAUUGGCAAAGAGUAUUACUACAAGUUGCUGGUUUACAAUUAGAUAGUUUAAAAUUUUCAUUACCUAAAAAUGGUACUGUUCUUGGUGGUACAAUGGAAUUACAUGGUUGUAAUAUAUCACUUGCUUGUUUUCAUGGUAUUAAUUUUAAAAGUAAAAGUUGGGCAUUAUUUUCAUUAAAAGAACCAUUUAUUAGUUUUGCAACUGAAGCACAAGAAAUACCAAGUGUUGAAUCACCAAAUACAUGUGAUGUACAUGUUGUACAAACACUUACAACAAGUUUAGGACAAUCACAAGAACAACAUACACGACAUGAAUCAAUGGCAACUGUUUGUCGAAUGAGUAGAAAUGUAUUAUUUCCACCACAAUUUAAAUCAUUACAAGAAUGGUUUCAUUAUGCAUUUGCUAAUAGUGAAAUUGAUGCUGUUGAUCGAUUUCCUUGUGUUGAACGUGAACGUGGUGAGACAAUGCCUGAAACAAAUGUAACUCGUGGUAGAAGUACAUCAACAACAUCAGGAAAACUUCAAGAACAUGCUCAUGCUAGAGAAGUUAUAUUUGCUCUUCCAUCAUUACAGCUACAUUUAAAAACUGAACAUUUACAAACAGCUAAAACUCCAGAUGUCAUUGGUGAAAAACCACUGGUCGAGUGCAGUUUUAUAACUGAAUUUGAAGAUCAUAUAUUUGUCACUGUUGAUGCAGAAGCAUUCUUCUUUCUUCAUGAUUUAAUAACUUCUUAUCAAGCAAUGGGAACUCCUGGUGCAAGAGCAAGUAGUCCAGAUACUCAAGAUAAAAAAAAUACAUCUGGAAAUUUGCAUAAUGCAUCAACAAAUUCAUCAACAAUGAUGACUGAAGAUGAAAGAAAACGUAAACAAUUUGAUCCAGCUGAAAUGUUUAUCAAAGAUUGGAGAUCAUAUCGAUGUAAAACUUGGCACUUGGAACCAACUGUCAGACUUUUAUCUUGGGCUGGUAAAAGUAUUGAGCCUUAUGGUAUUGAUUAUAUUCUUCAAAAACUUGGUUUUUCUCAUGCACGUACAACGAUACCAAAAUGGAUUCAACGUGGUUUUAUGGAUCCAUUGGACAAAGUUCUUGCUGUUCUUAUGCUUCGAAUGGUUCAUGCUGUACGUGAAGAAGCAAACGAUGAAAAUAAUCAUCGAAAAGACAAGUAACUACUUCAAUAAAUGAUUUUAAAACAAAAAGACAAAAUAAAUUCGAAAGAAAAUUGUUCAAUGUUCACUAAAAAAAAAAAAUAAUAAUUUAAAAUUAAUUGUAAAUGAUUAAUGACGAAGAAAAAUCAUCCAAAUAUUUAAUUCCAAAUGACAACAUACAUAAAUAUAUAUAUUUUUUUUUUGCUUUCUGUGUAAUUAUAUUUAUCACGAAAAAAAAAUAAUUGAAAAAUAGAAAAUAUUGUUCCUAAAAAAAUUGAGUAACGGCCUGAUAAAUAUAUGGCUGAUUAUGUAAAAAAUUAUAUGACUAUAUUAUAAAUGAAUAAUUUCAUACUCGGGUGAUAAAUAAUUUAAUGUAAAUUUAAUUUAUUUAUAUUAAUUAAAUUAUGAAAUAAAAAAAAAACAUAGAUUUCAUUUGAACGGAUAAUAGUUUUUAGAUAAUUCGUCCAAGUAUUCCGUUCUUGAUCAUAGAAAAAAAAAAAAAUUGAUCAAUCUAAAAACGUAACUACAUUAAACUAUAUGUUAUGAAUUAAAAUUAAUUAAAAUUAAUUACUUGUAAUUAUUAUUUAAUCAUAAAAAAAAAAAAACAAUAUUCCAAAUUUUUUUAAGACUUUUCUUUUAUUUAUUUAUUUAUUUUUCAUUUUUUACUAUUUUUAUGAUAUAUAUAUAUUUUUGUAUAAUUAAUCAUUAGUCAUAUUGUAAGUUAAAUGUUCAUUUUUUCUGUUUUUUUUUUGCUGCUUAUUAAGCAUUUAAAAAAAAUGUUCUAUUAUGUUUUUUUUUUUCUUUAAACUUUUCUUUUUUUAUCUGUCCAAUGAAAAAAAAUAUUAGUAACAAUUAAAAUUGUGAAACUUUGUAUUUAUACAUGUGGCAUAAAAGCUGUAUAAUAAAAAAAAAAAAUGAAAAAGUCAAUAGAAAAUUAUUUAGCUAUUGUUAAAUAAAUAAUUGUAAAAUGUAAUUUUGUCUUUGUUGACAUUGUUCAUUAAAAUAUGUAUUAAUUUAAUAUUAAAAAUUUAUUUCUGUGAUUGAAUACACAUAAUCGAGUAAUUAUCAUGUAAUUGAUUAAUUUGUUAUUCGUUAAUAAAUAUUUCAUUGAUUAUAAAAACAUAAUUUUAAUAAAUAAUAAAUUUUAUAAA